CAUUGUCUGGUUCCUCGGAUAGCAAGCCCGCUGACGGGAAGGGUCGCCAGUUCGGCUCAGCUCUCUCAUUCCGUAGCUCGGCGGAGGAUGCGCUCUCCUGGUGGCAAAGUGCCCUGACAUUCCCACGGGAAACCAGGCUGCUCCAUAAGCAAGCGGCUUCUCCCUUCCUCCCACCUUCCUGUACCCUUGGAGCCAGGAAGGAGAAUUUUUCAUUAUAUGUUUCUACUAUCUCAAUCAGGAAGAAGAUGAAAUCUUGUAUCUAUGUCCCUACUGAGGUCAGCAACACAACCUGGGCCUCCUGUUUCCACAUGUAAGCAGAACAGAACUGUGUAGUCACAGUAAUUCAGGAGACAUGGAGUGGGACCUCCCACUUGUGAAAAAUCUUUGGGAAAAGGAAACCAGAACUUUGGUUGCUGAGCAGAGGAGUGAAUCAAAUCCUAGUGAUGAAUUUGGAGAUAGUGAAGACAAAGAAAAUGAAACUGACAAGGUAGCAAGGAAUGCAGAUUAUAUGUCUAUUCCGAAGGAGAAAUUAAACAAAUCACAGAGAAAAGCUGAGUUGCUGAUUAAGGCAAAAAAGAACUGCCAGGCAAACCAGGAACUGAUUCGCUGCGUUACAUUUUCCCGAAUUGUUUUUGGAACUGAACACUGGAGAUAUGCCCAAGCAUUAACCAACCUGGCUUAUGGAUACCUGACCCUGAGAGAACUCCCUGCUCAGGCCAAGCAACAUGCUGAGUCUGCAAAGAAUUCUCUACUGACCUGGAAGGGCUCAGAAAUCUCAGAUAUAGAUAAGAAGGAGAUCCUUGGCACAUUGGUGACCUUAUACUAUACUUUGGGGGUGUCGGACCUCAUGCAGAACCAUGGCAAGGAAGCUUAUUACAAUCUUCAGAAGUCUGAGAAGAGCAUGGAGGAAUUAUGGGAAUGUCAUGAAGGCCAGGCCAUAGUUAGAGACUUAAAAGUCUCUGAGAAAGACCUCAUAAUUGCUUUGGGCAGAGCUGCUUUGCAACUUCACCGAUUGAACUUGUCUGUGAAUUACUUUGAAAAAGCAAUCACCCAUGUUAUCUCUUCCAAGGGCGAUUCCACAUCAGAACUGAUCAGCCUGUAUCAGGAAGCUGCACAGGUUGAACAGCUCAGGAAAAACCAUGACCGAGCCAUUGAACACUUGCUGCAGGCUCAUUCUAUCUGCGUGGCUUCAUACAAAGAACUCAGUGCUGAAGCUGCUAAGACAGGUUUCUUGCUAGCUAAAGCUUAUGCCAUGUCUGGAGAGCCACAACACAAGGAUGCUGCUGAGCUGUAUUUUACAAACAGCCUCAAGGCAUACCAAACUGCGCUGGGCCCAGAUAAUUAUUAUACAUUGUGUGCCACUGAGGAAUUCAGCAAAUGGCUUCUCCAAAUUGGAGAAAAACAGGAGGCUUAUAAACUUCUGAAGAACUCACUGAAGUCCCAACUGAUGAGCUAUGGUGACUAUAGUGAGAAAGUGGCGGAAACUUUCUAUAUUCUGGGCAGCAUCUGCCUAGCCAAGGGAGAAAUAAAAAAGACCACUCAACUACUAAGGAAGUGUUUGGAAAUUCAAAUCCUUAUUUAUGGAACGGAUCACAAAAAAACCAGAGAGACACAAAAACUGCUGACUUUGCUACAGAGGCUGAAGAUGACAUCUUUGAAGAAUACAACUGGUAUCAGCCCAGAUCCUAGCAGGUCUUCGGGUAUCAUUGAAAAAGAAAAUAGACAAGACAGACAGAAAUAAAUCAAAUUUUGUUGAUAAGCUGUGGGUCUCAUGCUUUGCAGAAUAAUUGUGAUGUAUUGUUUUGUAGAUUGUCUAGACUUAGGUGAUGGAAAAAAUAAUGCAGACUGGAUUUAAAAGUAUGUCAUUGGUAUCUUUUUUUCCCUCCUGGAGAAUCUUUUCCCCAAAGCAGCAAAGAACGUCACUGGUAAAAUGCCUGUUAGACACUUACCUGCCUGAUCUAUAACCCUGAUGAAGCAAAUUCUUGGGCUUUUAUAUGUACCUUUCUUAUGUGAAGUUCUGAUUAUUUUUCCUGGGCACUUCUUUUGUUUCUUCUGUUGUGCUUUUUGUUGUUGGUAUAUAUCUGAGGUGUUUAUUGUGAAUAUUUGUGUAUACCGUUAAGGAGACAUUUUAUAAUGUUAUGACU